AUGGAAACUAUAUAUGAUGAGAUAGAGAUUGAAGAUUUUACAUUUGAUUCUGUUACUCAUUUAUUCCAAUAUCCAUGUCCCUGUGGCGAUAAAUUUGCCAUUUCGUUAGAAGAUUUGCAGGAUGGCGAAGACGUUGCAGUUUGUCCCAGUUGUUCGCUUAUGGUGAAAGUUAUCUUUGAUCCCGAGGAUUUAGAACAAUAUGUUGAGGAGAUUAGUACACUAUCCAGCGACACUACUGAGCGAAGCGAGAUAGUGAGCAGCACUUAG